GCCAGGCACCUUGCUGCGCAGCCUGCUGCCCCCAGGCACGGCGCUGACAGCACCUGCUGAGCGGAGAGCAGCAACCUGUCCGUCCGGGUGGGGGGACCUCUCCCUUCUCUGAGCAGGAACCAUGACGAAUGGGCAUUCGGCGGACAAGAAUUUCCAUUACCUCCUCUCGUGCUUCCGGGCCAGAGUGAGGAGGUACAUCGAGGUGGAGCCCGUGCUGGACUACCUGACCUUUCUGCCCGCCGAGGCGAAGGAGCAGAUCCAGACGAGGGUCACCACCCACGGGAACAUGGGCGCCGCGGAGCUGCUCCUGAGCACCUUGGCGAAGGGCGCCUGGCCCCCGGGCUGGACCCGCGUGUUCGUGGAGGCCCUCCGGCGGGCAGGCAACCCCCUCGCCGCCCGCUACAUGGACCCUGAGCUCACGGACCUGCCCUCUCCCUCCAGCGAGAACGCGAACGAUGAGUGCUUCCAACUGCUGACCCUCCUGCAGCCCACGCUGGUGGAGAAGCUGCUGGUCAGAGAUGUCCUGGAUAGGUGCGUGGCGGAGGAGCUGUUGACCGCUGAGGACAGAAGUCGGAUUUCUGCUGCAGAAAAAAAUGGGAACGAGGCAGGUGUGAGAGAGCUACUGAGGAGGAUUGUGCAGAAAGAAAACUGGUUCUCUGCGUUUGUGACUGUCCUGAGGCAAACGGAAAACGAAGCCCUUGCCCAGGAGUUAACAGGCACCGACAGCAAUGCAGAAUCAGACACAAGUUUGGCAGAAGGAAGUGUCAACUGCUUAGAUGAAAGUCUUGGACAUAACAGCAACAUGGGCAGUGAUUCAGGCACCAUGGGAAGUGAUUCAGAUGAAGAGAAAAAGGCAGAAAGAGCAUCCCCAGAGCCAGAACUGAAUCUCAGGCCGUAUCAAAUGGAAGUUGCCCAGCCAGCUUUGGAGGGAAAGAAUAUCAUUAUAUGCCUCCCUACAGGGAGCGGGAAAACCAGAGUGGCCGUUUACAUUGCCAAGGAUCACUUGGACAAGAAGAGAAAAGCAGCUGAACUGGGAAAAGUUAUCGUCCUCGUCAAUAAGGUACCACUAGUUGAACAGCUCUUCCGUAAAGAGUUUCAAAAAUUUUUGAAGAAAUGGUAUUGCAUUACGAGAGUAAGUGGAGAUACCCAAAUGAAAAUAUCAUUUCCAAAAUUUGUCAAAUCCUAUGACAUUAUUAUCAGUACAGCUCAAAUCCUUGAAAACUCCCUUUUAAACUCAGAAAAAGGAGAAGAUGAUGGUGUCCAGUUGUCAGACUUUUCCCUCAUCAUCAUUGAUGAAUGCCACCACACCAACAAAGAAGCAGUCUAUAAUAACAUCAUGAGGCGUUAUUUGAAACAGAAGUUGAAAAACAAUAAGCUCAGGAAAGAAAACAAACCAGUGAUGCCUCUACCUCAGAUCCUGGGUCUAACAGCCUCCCCAGGUGUCGGCGGGGCCACCAAGCAAGCCAAAGCUGAAGAACACAUCUUAACAGUAAUCCAAAUAAAAGAGCCAUGCAAAAAGUUUGUCAUUGCAGAUGACACCAGAGAAGAUCCAUUUAAAGGCAGACUUGUGGAAAUAAUGACAAAGAUUCAAACUUUUUGCCAAAUGAACCCAAUGCCAGAUUUUGGAACUCAACCCUAUGAACAAUGGACCAUUAAAAUGGAAAAAAAAGCUGCAAGAGAAGGAAAUCGCAAAGACCGUCUCUGUACAGAACACUUGAGGAAGUACAAUGAGGCCCUGCAAAUUAAUGACACAAUCCGAAUGAUUGAUGCCUAUAAUCACCUUGAAACUUUCUAUAAAGAUGAGAGAGAAAAGAAGUUUGCAAUCCGAGAGGAUAGUGAUGAGAGUGGUGACAAUAGCGAUGAUGGUGAUGAAGGUGGGAAUGAUGGCAAGAAACCUUUGAAACUGGAUGACACCGACAAAUUUCUCAUGGAUUUAUUUUUUGAUAACAAGAAAAUGUUGAAGAAACUGGCUGAAAACCCAGAAUAUGAAAAUGAAAAGCUGACCAAAUUAAGAAAUACCAUAAUGGAACAAUAUACAAGGACUGCGGGGUCAGCAAGAGGAAUAAUUUUCACAAAAACACGACAGAGUGCAUAUGCCCUUUCCCAGUGGAUUACUGAAAAUGAAAAAUUUGCAGAAGUAGGGGUCAAAGCCCACCAUCUGAUUGGAGCUGGACACAGCAGUGAGUUUAAGCCCAUGACACAGAAUGAACAAAAAGAAGUCAUUAGUAAAUUUCGCACAGGAAAAAUAAAUCUACUUAUCGCUACCACAGUGGCAGAAGAAGGUCUGGAUAUUGAAGAAUGCAAUAUUGUUAUUCGUUAUGGUCUCGUCACUAACGAAAUAGCCAUGGUCCAGGCCCGUGGUCGAGCCAGAGCCGAUGAAAGCACCUACGUCCUGGUUGCCCACAGCGGCUCCGGAGUUGUUGAACGUGAGACCGUUAAUGACUUCCGAGAGCAGAUGAUGUAUAAAGCUAUAGACCGUGUUCAAAAUAUGAAGCCGGAGGAGUAUGCCCAUAAGAUCUUGGAAUUGCAGAUGCAAAGUAUAAUGGAAAAGAAAAUGAAAGUCAAGAGAAGUAACGCAAAGCUUUGCAAGGAAAACCCAUCGUUAAUAAGUUUCCUCUGCAAAAACUGCAGUGUGGUCGCCUGCACUGGAGACCAUAUCCACGUGAUUGAGAAAAUGCACCAUGUCAAUAUGACACCAGAAUUCAAGGAACUCUACAUUGUGAGAGAGAACAAAGCACUGCAAAAGAAGUUUGCAGACUAUCAAACAAAUGGCGAGAUCAUCUGCAAAACAUGUGGCCAGGCUUGGGGAACGAUGAUGGUGCACAAAGGCUUAGAUUUGCCUUGUCUCAAAAUAAGGAAUUUUGUAGUGUCUUUCAAAAGUAAUGCAACAAAGAAACAAUACAAAAAAUGGGUAGAAUUACCUAUCGCAUUUCCUGAUCUGGACUAUUCAGAAUAUUGUUUGUUUAGUGAUGAAGAUUGACAUUUGGUUGAAGAUUCUUUUAAAAGAUUGUGAACUAAACACUUAAUAUGAUUUUGAUUGUUUUUUCUUAUACUAAAGAACCGAUGUAAGAAUUUAAUAAAGUAAUUGUACUUUGAGAUGAGCUGUAUGGAGUAAAACAAUAUAUCAUACUUUUCAUUAUUUAUCUUGUUUAUGGGCAGGGGUAAAGAAAUUCUAUCAAUAAUAUUCAUUAGUGUGGAGCAGUAAGGUGGGGAGUACUGUGGAAAAAAUGCAGAUUAUAAAUGAGGGUCUAAGGUACCAAUUUCAGUCCUGUCACGAAUUUUCAAAAUAAAACAAGCAAAUCAGUCAU